AUGCCCCCACCUACAAGCGCCAGCGGCGCAACAGCCGCCGCCGUCUCCGUUACAACGACGCGCCUUUUAAUCACCUACCACCCGCACGACCUGCCGCCCGGCGGCGAUCCGCUCGUAGUGAGCAGCCCAGCGCCUCUUUAUAAGUACACUCGAUACGAGCCAGCGGGGCUCUCCUUCCACGAAGCCGCGAAGCGAUUGUCGGGAUUUCACGCGCCAGGGGAGGAAGAUGCGGAGGAAGCGGACGAGGGGAAGGGCGAGAAGGUGAAGGACUCGGUCGAUUCGUCGGCAUGGGAAAGUUCGAGGAAGAAGAAGAAGGGGAAGGAUGGGAAGGACGCGGAGAAGCAGGAGCAAGACCACUACGCGCUGCUGGGCAUGGCGCACCUGCGUUUCUUGGCUACAGAAGACCAGCUUAAGAAGGCGUACCGGGAUGCAGCUCUGCGCUUCCACCCGGACAAGCAGGCUGCAAUGCUGCUGGAGGAGCAAACAGACGAGGCGCGGGCAGCCAAAAAGGAAGAGAUCGAGACCAAGUUCAAGGCCAUCCAGCUGGCCUACGAGGUCCUCUCAGACCCGGCCAAGCGCCGAGUGUACGACUCCACAGAUGAGUUUGACGAUGAUAUUCCCGGUGAUUGCUCCCCGGAGAAUUUCUUUAAGAUUUUUGGGCCCGCUUUCCAGAGAAAUGCCAAGUGGUCGGUGAUUAGCCCGACCGAGGUUCCGGGUUUAGGGGACGAGAAUACGCCGGUUGCCGAGGUGGAUAAGUUUUAUGAUUUCUGGUGGGCGUUUAAGAGCUGGAGGGAGUUUCCAAAUGAGGAUGAUUAUGACGUGGAGAGUGCUGAGAAUCGGGAGCAUCGGAGGUGGAUGGAGCGGCAGAAUGCGAAGCUUAGGGAGAAGGCGAAGAAGGAGGAGAGUGCGAGGAUAAGGCAGUUGGCGGAGAAUGCUUAUAAGCAGGACCCGCGGAUUCUGAGGAGGAAGGAGGAGGAGAAAAUGGCAAAGCAGCGGAAGAAGGAGGAGAAGCAGCGGGAGAGGCAGGCGAAGGAGGACGAGGGGAAGCGGAAGGUGGAGGAGGAGAGGAGGAGGAAGGAGGAGGAGGAUAAGCGGGCGGCAGAGGAGGCGGCAAUUAUGAAGAAGCAGAGAGAAAAGGACAAGAAGGCAGCGAGGAAAGAGAGGGCGAGACUGAGAGCAGCGACGACGGAUUGCCUUGAAGCCGCGCCUGCGGUAACCAGCAAGCAAAGAAAACAGCAGCAGCAGCAGCAGCAAGAGCAGAAGAGAGAGGAGUGGGAGACGCUGAUUACAGAAGAGGAGCUGGAGAGUCUAGGGCAGGCCUUGGAGUUGGAGAAACUGCGAGCGCUCUGCGACAAGUUGGAAUCCUUGUCCGCUUCUGCCGGUUCUGAUGCUGCUGCUGGCACUGCAGCAGUGAAGCGGCAAACCCUCCGACUGUUCUCCACCGCUCUGAAAGUCAACCGGUGGGACGGGCACAGUCCGGACUUUGAGUACCAGCAAAUCCCUGUGGUUCUGUCCGAAGCUGCGGCAGCGGCGGCAGCGGCAGCAGCAGCGGAGCGAGAGGCAGAGGCGGAGAGGGAGAGGGAGGCACGGCGGGCGGCAGGUGGGAGUGGGAAGCCGUGGACGCGGGAAGAGAUAGAGCUGCUGAGGAAGGCGGUGGGGAAGUUUCCCAAGGGCACGGGGCAGCGGUGGGAGGUGAUAGGGGAGUAUCUGGGCACGGGGCGGUCGGCAGAGGAGGUGGUGCGGGCGACCAAGACGGUGCUGCUGCAGAAGCCAGAUGACACCAAGGCUUUUGACAGCUUCCUGCAGGUGGGUGUGGCGAAGGAGGUGGUGCGGGCGACCAAGACGGUGCUGCUGCAGAAGCCGGACGACACCAAGGCGUUGGACAGUUUCCUGCAGCGUCGCAAGAACCCCAAGGACAUUGCCUCGCCUCUCUCCACACGUGAGGAGCUUGAUGCUGCCGCUGUGGCUCCUGCUGCUGCCACUGGUGCUGCUGCUGCUGGUGCUGCCACCCCUGCAGUUCCUGCCUCGUCGAAUUCCCCAGCUAAAGCAGCAGAAGCAGGAGGAGCAGCAGCAGCAGCAACACCAGCAGCAGAAGCAGGGAAACAAGCAGGGGCAAAAGCAGCAGCAGCGCCAGUGGCGAAUGGAGUGGGGGCGGCAGGCAAAGGGGCUAGUCCAGGGGCAAAGGGCGCGCGGGUGGGGGAGUCUGCAGGUGCUGCGAAUGGUGUGGCUGCUGGGGCAGGUGCUGCUGGGGCAGGUGCAGCAGGUGCAUCUGCUGCGGCAGAAGGGCAAGUGGAUGUGUGGGGCGAGGCACAGGAGGUGGCGCUGGUGAAGGCACUUAAAGCCUUCCCCAAGGACACUGAUAAACGGUGGGACCGCAUAGCAGCAGCGGUGCCGGGCAAGAGCAAGGCACAGUGCUUCAAGAAGUUCAGCGAGCUCAGGCAGAGCUUCCGAACCAAGAAGAGUGGCGCGGCGGAGUACCAGGGUCCGCCUCCCCCUUACGGCGGAGGCCCGCCACCGACAUCUUAUAACGAGCCGCCGCCACAGCCGUAUAACGCGCCGCCGCCACAGUAUCAGACUUACGCCGGCGGUGCACCGUACGGUGGUGCCCCUCCCCCGCAGACGAGCUACAGCCCGCACCCACCCGCGUAUGGCGGUCCGGCACCCGGGUACCCCCCGCCGCAACAGCAUCAGCAGCCGCCGCCGCAUCUCCCGCCGCAACAGCCGCCGGCGGGAUACGCCCCGCCUCCGUGGCAGCCGCAGGGACAGCCGCCAGCUCAGGGGCAGUAUCCGCCAGCUCAGCAGAUGCCAGGUGGCAUGCGGCCUCCUGAGGGGCGACCCGAUCCGUCCGCGGCAGCCCCGUGGAAGCAACGUCAGCAGCAGCAGCCGGAGGAGGAGCGAGGGAGAGACAGGGACGAACGUGGUCGCGACCGCGACCGAGAUCGCGAUCGCGAUCGGGAUCGCGACCGGGAUCGGGAUCGGGAUCGGGAUGGUUCGUCGAAGCCGUCGCUUAAUCGCUACCCGCCGCCGCAGAGCUUGUACAGCGACCCGCUUAAGCCGGCACCCAGCUCGAUCUACGAGGACGAGUCGCCCCGCAAAUCGAAGCUUAAGGUGGAAAUGGUCAUGGGAAAGGCUGCCGGUGCGGAUGCUAAGACUGGAGCUGCUACCUCUGCUAUGUCUCAGAUCCUUGCCGCCAGAUCUGCCGUUUCUGCGCUUCUCGCGGCGACGAACCCGCAACUGGCGGCGGCGCAGCAGCGCGCCGCGGCAGUCUCAGCCGCGAUCACCGGAUCGACGGGAUCCGGCGGCGCGGGCUCUGCUGCGGCGGCGAUUGCGGCGGCCGCUGCGGCGAAGAACCCGCUGCUGGCGAGUAACCCGAUUCUCGCGGCGCAGGUCGCGGCUCUCGGCGGUUCAAACGCCGCGUCUGCCGCUGUAACGAAGGCCGCGUUACUUGCCGCCGCCGCGAACAGCGCGAAGCUCGGCGCAGUGAACCCUGGACUCGCAAUGGCCUUGGCUAUGGCUGCCGCGAAGCAGGCGGAAGCGGCGCGGGCGGAAGGGAUACCCGCGGAGGGGGACAAGGACAAGAAGGCGGAGGACCGCGCGGGGGAGAAGCGUCGGCGCUCUCGCUCCCGCUCCCGCUCCCCGUACUUCCGCCGGGGGAGGGGGAGAUCCCUGUCCCGCUCCCCUCCCCGCCGCCGAACCAGGUCCCCGGUCCGGGAAAGGAAGCCUGGGUCCGCGUCGCCCACGCGCAGGAGCCCGUCGCCCAGGAUUCGCAGGCGACGAUCGCGAUCGCGGUCGCGGUCGCCCGUGCGACGCAGGAGGGGGAGAUCGGGGUCGCGCUCGCGGUCGCCGUUCGGCCGGGGGGGGAGGUUUGGCGGGUGGCGCGGGCGCGGGCGGGAGAGCAGUCCGGAGCAGCCGACGAGCACGGUGCUCAUCCGUGGCAUUGCGCCGUGGGCCGUGGAGGCGGAUAUCUUCGCGCUGCUGGUAAGAGCUGGUGCUGGGCUAGUGGGGGCCGUUGAAGGAGGUGCGAGUGAUGAAGGAGCGGGCCACGGGGGCGAGUGGGGGCCAUUGAAGGAGGUGCGCGUGAUCAAGGAGCGGGCAACGGGGUUCAACAAGGGCUUCUGUUUCGUUGAUCUUGAGACCGUGGUGCGUGACCGCCACGUCCUUGCUUCUCACACUUGUCGCUUCCGCUCCUGCCGCCCCCCUGUUUUAACCCGACUGCUCUUUCCCUCCCGUCUUCCCCCUCUUUUCCCCUUAUCCUUUCUCAUCCCCUCCUCUUUUUUCUUUCCGCUCCCCUUUCCCCCCUUCCCCUCUUUCGCCCCCUGCCCCUCGUCCCACAUCCCAACGCCCUCCGCUUUCCAGGAGGCGGCAAAGGCGCUGGUGGAGGGUGGGAGGGCGAAGGAGCUAAAGAUGGAUGACCGCUUGCUCUUGUUCCACUACAGCAAACCGUUGCAAGGGGCGGAGGACGGGGGCGCGCUUGCAGACAGCAGCUCGGGGAAGCCCCUCGACUGGGUCUGCCCCUACUGCGGAGUCAAUAACUUCGCCCGCCGCUCCGAGUGCUUCAAGUGUGUGACCCGCAGGCCCGCCAAUCCCGUCACUGUUGCCGACAGGGGCGAUGCUGGCGGAGGCGAAUAUGGGGGGCGAGGCAAAGGAGGCGAGUGGGAGGGGCGAGGAGGCGGGAGGGCGGCGACGGUUGCUGUGGCCAUGGGUCCAGAUGCGUCGAACGUGCUUAUAGUGAGGGGGCUGGACGACAGCGUGCAUGAGGAGAGCCUGAGGCAGGAGUUUUCCCAGCACGGCUCCGUGACUGAUGUGCGUAUGAUGCGUGAUAAGAUCACACUCAAGUCACGCGGAUUUGCCUUUGUCACCCUCGCCAAUGUGGAUCAAGCCACUCGUGCCAUGCUCACGUGUCACAACAAGCUCCUCUUCAAGGGAGGGCCAGUCAUGCGAGUGGCGUAUGCACGUGGCCCCAACCACGGAGUGCCCUCCACGCCUCUCGCCGACGCUGCCACUGCUGCCUAUGCCGCUGCCGCUGGUGGUGCUGCUGAGGAUACUGACGUCAUGGCUCAGAUGGAGGCAUCUGGGUGGAUGCCAAAGGAGUAUAACGAGGGGGCAGCAGGAGGCGAGCAGCAAGCGCAGGCGGGCAGUGGCUUUGUGUGGGACGAGGCGUCGGGGUAUUACUAUGACAGCACCACCAGCUUCUAUUACGACAGCGCCUCAGACCUGUAUUACCACUCGGACUCGCGCCAGUGGUUCCGUUACGAUGUUACCACCGGGGAAUACAAGCAGUGCUCCGCUGAGGAGCUGGAAGCGGCUGGUAGCGCCCCUGCCGCCAUGGCUGUCGCUGCCGCCACCGCCGCGACUAAACGCGACGCUGCCGCUGCAGCCGGUGCUGCUGCUGCUGGUGCUGGUGAUGGUGAUGGAUCGGCAAGCAAGCCACAAAACGAAGGGGCAGCUGGGGCGGGCACGGUGGGGCAGGCGAAAGGGGUGAAGGAGGAGCAGCCGGGAGAGAAGCGGAAGAAAUCAUUUGCCGAAUCCGUGGCAGCGGCUGCUGCGUCUGCGUUUCAGGCGGAGAAAGAGAGGGAAGCUGCGAGGAAGAAGCGGCAGGAGAAAGAAAAAGAAGCUGCUGCUGCCGCCGCCGCCGCCGCUGCCGCUGCGGCCGCCGGUGCUGCUGGUGGGGAUGGUGCUGCUGCUGCUUCUGGUGGUGCUGCUAUGGAGGGCAAGAUUCGGACGUAUGUGCCGUCUGCCGCCCUCUCUGCUCAGGUGGCAAAAGAAGGUGAGGCGGGGCAGGUAGCGGGCGGGCAGCAGGACGGGCAGAACGACGGGCAGAAAAAAAAUGAGGGGGUUAAGGAGGAACCGAAGGAGGGUGAAGGGGAGGGGAAGGGAGGUGGGAGUGGUAAUCAGGCGUAUGGGCAGCAGCCGCCUCCCUACGGCCAGCCGCCCCCUUACGGCCAGUACCCCCCUCCACAGCUAGGCCCGUAUGGGGCACCGUACGGGCAGGAGCAGCAGCAGCAGCAGCAGCCGCCGGCUUAUGGGCAGCAGCAGCCUUACAACCCGCAGCAGCAGCAGCAGCCGCCGCAGCAGCAGCAGCAGCCGCCGCAGCAGCAGCAGCAAACCCAGGGCCAGUAUGCUCCCCCUCCUGCCGCUGCUCCUGCCUAUCCAUCUGCCGCGCCCAGCUAUUCACCUGCACCGAGUUACCCCCCAACUACCGGUUACAUGGGUUACCAGCCUCCCCCGUAUGACCCAUAUUCAGCUGCUGCUGGUGCCACCACUCCUGCUGACUCUGCUGGUGGUGCUGGUGGUGCAAAUGCUGGUGCUGGGGCUGGUGUUGCUGCUGCCCCUGCUGGGUCUGCUCCUACCCCUUCUCCUCCUGCACCCAUGCCUCCCACUACCGCUCCUUCCUCCGCCGCUACUGCUCCUCCCCUCUCCUCGCCCUACAACCCCUACUCGCUUGCCCCUUCCUCUGCUCCCCCGGUCGCCUCUUCCUCUGCCGCUCCUCUCACCGCCUCUUCUGCGCCCCCCUCCUCCUACGACCCCUUCGCAGCUGCUGCGAGCAUGGGGGGAGGAGCAGCGGGAGGCGCAGGGGGAGCGGGGGGAGCGGCGGGGGACAGUGCGUAUGAUCCCAUUGCCGCAGCGAUGGAGGUGGGGGGAGGGAUGCCGGACUGGGUGACUGCUCCUGUGCCCGUGCCUGCUGCUGCUGCUCCUGGCGGAGCCCCGGCUCCUCUGCCAUACUCGCCUGGCCUCCUGCCACGCCCUGCUCCUGCCUGGCAGCCACCCCCACCUCCCAACUACUAG